CUACACUGUUGAAAAGAAAGUCAGUCCGAGGCAUCGCAGAGUGAUAAAAGUAUGCAGAACAUAGAGUGAGAGACAGAGAGAGAGAGCAAGAAGAGAGAGAGAAGGGAGGAAAGAGAGAUAUAGUUAUUUUCUUGUGGAUUAAUUCAUGCUUUAAAGAAUAAAGAUGGCCACUCUAAAUGUGUCCAGCGUCAACAGCAGUGCUUUCCCCAGAUGCAAUUUGACCGAUGAUUUCAACAACAUCCUGCUUCCAGUUACCUACAGCGUGGUGCUAGUGUUCGGCCUGCUGCUCAACCUCACUGUCAUGUAUACCAUCGUGUUCAGGAUCAAACACUGGAGCCCCAACACCAUCUACAUGAUCAACCUGACUGUGUGUGACACAUUUUAUAUCCUCACACUACCCUUUCUGAUAUAUUAUCAUGCAAGCAAGAAAAAUUGGCCCUUCGGUGAAGUGUUCUGCAAACUUAUACGCUUUCUCUUCUAUACCAAUCUAUAUGGUAGCAUCCUCUUCCUCACGUGCAUCAGCGUCCAUCGCUACAUAGUUGUUUGCCACCCGGUGCGAUCGAUGGGCUUGGUUAAUGCCUGCCGUGCCCGUUAUGUCUCAGUCCUUGUCUGGGUAGUUGUCCUCAUCUUCCAGGCACCAGUUCUCUACUUCACCCAAAUCAAGAAGGAAAGAUGUUCAGACACCACAGCGGACCACCUCUUUGUGCAUUUCCUGCCCUAUAGCUCAUUCAUUUCGGUCAGUUUCUUUCUAAUACCCUUUCUUUUAGUGAUAGUCUGCAACAGCCUGAUGGUGCGUAAACUCAUCCAACCCAGCAGAGUAGGAGGUGCAAUAUCUCAGAACUCCAAGAGAAAAUCUGUAAAGAUGAUUGUUAUUGUGAUGCUGGUCUUCAUAGUCUGCUUUGUACCCUUCCACCUCACACGGAGUCUUCAUUAUGUUUUCCGCUACUUAACAGUAAGCUGCAACCACCUGGUGGGAUCUAGAAUAGUGUACAAGGUCUCAAGGCACCUAGCAAGUAUUAACAGCUGCAUUGACCCCAUCCUCUACUUCUUGGCUGGCCAGGGUUUCCGACGCAGUUUACCUAAGAAGAUGAAGCAAGACCAGAAUGCUGAGGAGGAUAAGCAUUUAUCAAGCUCUCAAAUAGAUUAAACAUUUAGAAUACGAAUAUGAAAGACAAUGAGGAGUCUGUAUGAGGAACGAAUAGACCGAACAAUAAAGUGAAAUACUGGGAAAUAAAACGUAAUGGUAGAGCCGUGUUGGAUUUGUGAUAGGGACCGAAUGCUGCAACUUUAAAACCCAGGUCUGCCAGAGAGCCAGUGUGCUUGGACUGAAUUCUGCCUCAUUUGUAAACAUAGUUACUAAAUUACUAAAACUGCAUUAGAACAAUUUCCUAAAUUUAGUACUUAUGAAUCACCUAGUGUCCCUUUGUACAGUUUCCUGUCUUGGUCAUUAAUACAUGAAAAUGAUACAUUUUCAUAAUAAUAAUAAUAACAGAUUUAGAUAUAUGGAUAUUUCUUUCCCGUUUAAGAUUUGGUGUGUGGUUGAUAAGGUGAAGUUUUCAGUGAUGAGAUUUUUGGAUGGAGUCUCCAGUGUCAGGGCUUUGUAAUAAUCAAAGGAAAAGUAAUUCUUUUAAUUUUGUCAAACAUAAGAACGUUUUCAGGAUGAGGAGAGAAAAAAGACUGAUAAGCAGAAAAAACAGGCUGGUGAGGAAACGAUUGUUUAUAGUUGUUAACGUUAGUAAUAACAGGUCCUAACUUGUUUUGCAGUUGUUUCACAGCUCUGGUAUUUGAGAAAUUAAACACUUGGGGGCGUGCUGUUACAGGCAAGUAAAAUAAACUUUCCAGUGGUAACGAUAACUCUGCUUCAUGUCAGGCCACAUCACACCACAAAGUCUCAUCCAAAAGUCUCUUAACAGCACAUCCCAAAGUCUCUUACUCAUUACUUUCAUAAUAAAGCCAAACUAAUGUGCAGACAUAAUAUAUUAUGAUAUGUUUAAAUGUCAUAACAUGUUCAUAACAGAUUGUAUAUAGUAUUUCUGCUUUCUAAAUAUCAGCUAAAACAAAUAAUAUCCAACUUUGCGCAAUGCCUUUUCUUUGAGUUACUGUAUGUAAUUAUAUUUUUGAUUUGAAUUAAAGUCAUAAAAAUAUGUUUGCUUAUGUUAGCAAGUUUCUGCUUAACUGAAGCAGACUGGCAUUCACAUUUAAUUUUCAUUCUUUUUUUAUGCAAUUACAUUUCUGUUGUUGUCUCCAAACGUUAAUCAGUAUGUAAUAUGCCAGCUUCAAAGAUUCACAAAGUCACAUAUUUCUUCAAGACUUAUCCUUUAUUUAAAGAGGUAAAAUAUGAAGACAAAGCUUAUGAUGUUAUAAUGAAAUAAAUAAAAAGCAACAAUGAUGCAGA